AUGUUCGUCGAGGGCGAGAUUCUCGAUUUCCUCCCGGUCCCUGCGAGGGCUGUGCAAGGCAUCCGACCGUCUGGUCAGACUAAAACCGCCCUCAUCAGGAUAGUGAAGCUUGUACUGACAUGUGUACCACUUAUCGGGCUAAUCGCUUAUGCUAUUAUCUCGAUGGGACUCUUUGAGAAGGGGUUUCCCAUAGCCCUUCCGAUUCUCCAGAACGACUCAUGGACUGCAAGGAACGGGGAAAUGUUGAGAGUCGCAGAACCUAUACACAAUCUGUUCGUCCUGGUCAAACUGAUCGGGUCAUUAAUCGCCUUCUUCUUGCCAUUACUUGGCAACUCUCAGCCCGCAUCAUAUUGGCAAGUGAGAUCUUUACUGACCGACUUGGGGAUAGUGUGCGUGAUUUGGCUCCUGGAGCGCUACCGCAAGACUCAUAUCUGGGCUGAAGUGAUGCUCAAUAUCAUCCCGAAGACGUUUGCCAUGCGUCAAUACUUCAACGCCAUCUGGCAGUUAUUCCCCAUCACCGUGCCCCUGGUGGAGGCUCCCUUCCGCCUUGUCGAGACAUGCGCAUCCCUGCCCACCCAACGGCGACCACAACAGGAGGAUGAAGCGAAACGAUAUUCCACCAAACGUCUGCACCGCAUUAGUCACAUGGAUCUAUCGCUCGCUCUGGUCUAUGGCUCGACCUUCGUUCACACUCGUGUUGCGAUAUUCCUCAAGUACGAUGCAACAAUCACGAUGACAAGCGGACUUGUUUGGCUGGGGAUGAAAUCCAGUGAAUUGAAAGACCUCGUUUCGUGGUGGAAGGUGAUUGGGCGAUUCGCGCAAACGACUGCGAUUCUGGGUUCUGGUGAGAUGGCCUUGAGUUGGGCCUGGAGGGAAGAGAUCAUGCCAAAGAUUGAGAAGACACAGUCGCAUUCGAAAGAGGUUUGA